CCCUCCAUGCUGAUGUUCGGCGUCAUCCUGGCCUCCAGCGGGCUCCUCCUCAUGAUCGAGCGCGGCAUCCUCGCCCAGGUCGGGCCGCCGCCGCUGCACCCGCCCGCGGGGCUGUCCCGGCGGGACGGGCGGGACUCGCCGGCGGAGCUGGAGCUGGAAGUGCUGCGGGACACGCGGAACCGCACGAUCCGCGCCCUGUGCGGGCAGCGCUCGAUGCCCCGCAGCGUCUGGGAGCUGCCGCCCGGGCAGCGCCGCACCGUGCUCCGGCACCUCCUGGUCAGCGACAAGUACCGCUUCCUCUACUGCUACGUCCCCAAGGUGGCCUGCUCCAACUGGAAGCGCAUCCUGAAGGUGCUGGACGGGGCUCUGGAGAGCGUGGACGUGCAGGGCAAGAUGGACCACAAGAGCGACCUGGUGUUCCUGGGCGACAUGAAGCCGGAGGAGAUCAGCUACCGCCUGAAGCACUACUACAAGUUCAUCUUCGUGCGGAACCCGAUGGAGAGGCUGCUCUCGGCCUACCGCAAUAAAUUCGGGGAGAUCAAGGAGUACCAGCAGAAGUACGGCGUGGAGAUCGUCCGGCGGUACCGGAAGAACGGGGGCAGCUCUGCGGGCGACGACGUGUCCUUCUCCGAGUUCCUGCAGUACCUGCUGGACGAGGACGUGGAGCGCAUGAACGAGCACUGGAUGCCCAUCUACAACCUGUGCCAGCCCUGCGCCGUCAGGUACGACUUCAUCGGCUCCUACGAGCGGCUGCACGCCGACGCCAACCACGUGCUGGAGCACAUCCAGUCUCCCUCCUUCGUCCGCUUCCCGGAGCGCCAAGCCUGGUACAAGCCCGUCACGGCCGAGACGCUGCACUACUACCUGUGCAACACCCAGCGCCGGCUGCUCAGAGAGCUCCUCCCCAAAUACAUCCUGGACUUCUCCCUCUUCGCCUACCCCCUGCCCAACAUCACCAGCGAGUUCUGCAGGCAGUGAGCAGCUCCUGUCCGCAGGGAAUUCUGCCUUGG